CUCUGCAGAGCAGUCAGACUCCUCUCUUCAGCGCAGACAGUUUACCAUGUGAAAUGCACUUGCCUGGACUCUAUGCGGGAGUUUUAAAGUCAUGGCUCUCCAUCUCCAUUUACGCACGGCGCGUCACUGAAGAUACUACGCACUUACAGUGAGACUUUUACAGGAUACAUUUAGGAAUAAAUUGACAUUUCUUUGCGUUUAUGCCAUGAGGAUGGAGACGGUUCUGUUUUACCUGCUUGCCUUCACAUUGGCCCGGGUUAGCAGUCUUGGAUAUUCGGAGUCCAGCGUUCAGACGGGACAGAGAGCGGCCAGCAGACACAGGAACUGGUGUGCUUAUGUGGUGACACGCACUGUCAGCUGUGUGAUGGAGGAUGGGGUCGAGACGUACAUAAAACCAGACUAUCAACGCUGUACCUGGGGCCAAUGUCCUCGAGUUGCGUACCGGACAUACAGGAGGCCAAGGUAUAAGGUAGCUUACAAGAUGGUGACAGAAAUGGAGUGGAAGUGUUGCCAUGGUUACUCUGGGCAAGACUGCAGCGAUGGGCCAAAGGGAACCACGGACACUCAGGUCAAUGGAGGGCGACCCGCUGUCACGACGCCGGUUAUCAACCCAGGCGGCGGACAAAGAGGAGAAGGUGACAGUGGGAAGAUCAGACAGCUGGAGGAAACAAUCCGUGGUCUGUCCAAAGACCUCCACAACAUGCAGACCGACCUCACUGGCAUAAACCGGAAACUGACUGGUCUGAAUGGGGCAAUUGUCCCUUCUGAUGCCGCUCAGCCACAUAUGAAGGAAACCAUCAACAGCAUCCAGACCAAACUGGACCAUCUUUACAACAGGACACAGGUCCAUGAUCAGACCCUGCUCAACAUCAACAACCACCUGGUGAAUGGAGGGGGUAAUGAACUCGAUGGAGCGGCCAAAGGAGGAGGAGGACCCGGGGGAAAGCAGAUAAACACUCUGAAGGAGGAGAUACUGACGGAGUUGGAGAGAAGGGUGUCUCUGUCCUGCUCUUCCUGCCAGGCCGGUGUAGAGGACCUGAGGCGCCAGCAGCAGGAAGACAGGGAACGAAUCCAAGGUCUGGAGAAGCUGAUCAGCUCCCUGGAUGUACACCUGAGGCAGAGCCUGGACAUCUCCCGCAGUGAGACCCAGCGCUCCCAGGCCUGCUGCAACACCGUCACUGAGCUUGAGAAGAGGCUGUCGGGUCUUGAGGUCCGUGUCACCUCCACGGCUAACAAGUGUGACACAAUCAAAGGACGGCUGGAUAAGGAGCUACCUGGGACCGGUGGAGGAAAGGGAAGAGUGACAGAAGACAGGUUGAAUGGCAAACUGAGAGAACUGGAAAAGAGGGUGAAUAACACAGUGAGGAAGACAGAACAGAGGUGUACUAACACCGGGAACAAUGUGAAGGACAAUGUCCAGAGGGACGUCACGCAGCUGCGCAACAUGUUCCUCAGUCGGCUGGAUGACCACAGCUUCAAGAUCGGCAAGAUAGAGCUGGACGUGUCUGUUCUCGGAGAUACGGUCACUGACCACAGUCGGCGUUUAAGCCAGCUUGAGAACAUCACAACCUUCCUGGACAGAAGGUUAACAUCUACCACAAACAUGUGCAAUGAGACGUGCGGGCCGAACGGAAAAGACCGUAAGACAGAUGACACUGUGAAAACAUUACAGUGGAGAGUUGUUGCCAACCAAGACGACAUCAAGAAGUUUAACACUAAGUUAAAUGACCUGUCCGUGACAGGGGACUCAAUAAUUGACAGAGUGAUCAACUUAACAAAUGAUGUCAAAAAGAUAAUAGCUGUGACAGGGGAGAGCGGUGAGAAUUUCAACCGGAUUGUCACAGAGGUUGAAACGUUGGGAAACGAUAUAGAGGAUUGUUCUGUUUGCAGCAGUAUAGACGAGGACUUGCGCAAGCUAGCCAACUCCACCAAGUUUGGCCUCAGCAAGUGCCAGUCAGAUCUGACUGAUCUGCGGAAAAAGGUGGACUCAGGAGAAACUGUCUCCUCUCAAGUGUGCUCCAACCUUCAGGAGGAAGUGGGACGACUCAGAGAGGAAGUGGAGGAGUGUACCGGACAGUGUAAGGUCAACAUCAACGAUCUGAAGAAGCGCCUGGAUGGUCAUGGUGUCCACAAUGGAAAAUUAGGAGGCGAUCUGAAGUCCAUCCAAGGAGAACUGGCUGAGGUCAUAGUCACGUUUAACUCCAUCAAUGACACUCUGAAGGGUCUGGGAAGGACUGUUCAGACACAUGGGAACACGCUGACUGAUCUGACCAACUCCAAGGACAACAUCUUCUCUGAGGUGGACGAUUUGCAGAAGGAGCUGACAGAUCACGUAGAUGACUCGAAGAUUCAAUUCGACAACAUGGGCAAAGAGAUCCAAAUAAUCAGGAGCAACUAUGUGACGGAGGUGGGGGAGUGCCGGCGGUCCAGCGACGGCCUGGACAGAAGACUCUCGAAGCUGGAGGGAGUGUGCGGACGCUUCGACUCUUUUUCAGACAGCCUGGUGAGGAUCAAGGAGGGCCUGAACCGACAUGUGUCUGGGCUCUGGAGCUGCGUUAAUGGACUCAACGUCACCGUAACGUCUCAAGGAGAUCACAUCGACAAUAUCCAGAACGUCCAGCUGGUGAACGUCCACUCAGACAUUAACAGACUGAACUCUUCAGUGUUGGACUUGGCCAAGGAGUUCCACAGUUUCAUAGAGCAAGACUUCAUGGGUCCACCUGGUCUACCGGGCCCCCGUGGAGCAGAAGGCGAGAGUGGAAUCCAGGGUCCUAUCGGAUCCCAAGGGAGGGUGGGACCUCAGGGCAGAGAGGGCAGGCAGGGACAAGCUGGACCCCCAGGUCUCAGAGGUGAACAGGGACUUGCAGGGUCUGAUGCCCACGUGCCACGCCUUUCUUUCUCUGCGGCACUGACUCGACCCAUGAGAAGUGCAGGAACCAUCGUGUUCAACGAGAUCUUUGUCAAUGAAAAUAACUCCUACGAUCCCAAGACAGGUUACUUCACAGCUCCAGUGAGUGGGAAGUACUUCUUCAGCGGCAUCCUCACGGGCCACAAGAACAUGAAGAUCGAGGCCGUGUUGUCCAAGUCCAACACUGGCGUGGCCCGUGUGGACUCAGCCGGAUAUCAGCCUGAAGGCCUGGAGAAGCCCAUGGCCGAGGCCAAACACAUCCCUGGAGCUCUGGCUGUCUUCAACAUCAUCCUGCCCAUGGAGGCCGGGGACACCGUCUGCAUCGACCUGGUCACGGGCAAACUGGCGUUCUCCUCGGAACCGUUGACCAUCUUCAGUGGGAUGCUGCUGUACGAGACCAUCUGAUUGGAUGGAGUCCCAUUAUAAUCAGUCUCUCUGGGUGAAACUUGCAACAUGAGAGCAUUGUAGUUGGACUCAAAAAGAGCCACUGCCUGAGCAGUCAAAGAGACUGAAAUAGCUGGACUGAAUGAAUUCAGCAAGGAAAGAAAUACUUUAUAAUUUGACCUUACGUGCUAUGAAGGAAGGACAACAAAAAGUUGUUUCCAACCACAAUCAUUUUGGUGUGUCUCACAGCUUUAAGGAAACUAUUUGUGCAAAGAGCCAUUGUGUUUUUUAUUCUAUGAUGUGUUGCCUUUAGAAAAAGGCCACUGAAGAGUUAUAUUAUAAUUACAUAUUUCAUGUUGUUCUUUAAACUUGAAUUCUUCCCUGAUUCCACCAAGAUAGCCUUCAGGUCUUUCGUGUGCCAAUGAGAGGACAUAGGGGGGAAAUGAAAAAAGAUUAAAGAUGUGGACGUCUUUCUGCUUUUAUGUGUAAUCUGCCCACAGCAUAUCAAAUGUUCAGAGGUUAUCGCACACCAUUUGUUCCUGUUUAUAAUAUAGUUCCUUUUUCUCCAUGCUCACAGUUUCACUUUGACCACAAGCAAAUUCCCAGAAACACAACAUUGACUGCCAAUUGUUUUGGAAAACAUGCAGAGUGAUGUAGGCGGAGGCGACACAGUCCAAACCACUAUUCUUUAGAAGGAAGUGCACAAAUGAAGUCACUGACAGUUCAUCCUAGAAAACCACAGGAUUUUAUAAAUCCUACAUCAGCAAAACAAUAAGCCCAUUUUAGGACAUCAGCUAUGCCCAGAGAAGGGAGGAGGAAGGUGGACAGGGGGAAGAAUGUCUUUGUUUUGUACCUCUGUCCUAAUAAGGGCCAUCUUAACUCGGUGGAGGAUCAAGUCGUUGAAGUUAUGAGGCUGUUACUAUCAUUCUAUCUUACUGUGGAAUUCUUGUGUAAAGCUAAGAAUAACAAACAAUGAAGCUGAACCCUUGUCUCUAUGCAACAAAUCCCAUGUCUUCCAUGAAUACACACACUUCCUGCCUUUAGAAGUCUUAUUAAAAAUGUCUCCAGAAGGAAAAAUGUGCACAAUAUCAAGUUCGUAUAUAUUUUUGGAUGGAAUUUAAAAGGAACAUUGCACAUUUUUUAGACAAUACAACAGAUUGGCUUAUAUCUGAUUACAUUUACCUUACGGUGGAUAAUACAUUUUCCUCAUUCAGUGUGGGAGUGUUAUUUUAUGGUUCUAUGCAUUGUAUAACCCCGAAGGAAUGUAAAUAUUUUUCAGCCCGUAUCAUAUUUGUAUGAGUUACCACUUCACCUUGCCAGGUAUUGUGUAUGUUUUGUAUGUUUUUGCCACAAGUGUGCCUCAAAUACAGACACCCUGUUUUACACAUCUGAUGUCAACAGUCUCACUUUUAUCCUCUUUGUGUUCCUUUAUUAAAUGAGCAAGGAUGUGCCAGGUUCAACUCUC